UCUACCGUCAAAGGCGAAGCUGAACUCACGUGUCGCCUCCUUCGCAGUGAGGUGAUGGAACGGCAGCCUCUGGAGCUGGGAUACGAGACAGGCAUACAUCAUGGGGUCUAACCUCACGCGUUAGACUGCGACGUGGGUCCAGGAGGUCCAUCGCGUAUUCUUGUGUCAUCGGUGAGUCCAGCGAGAGACGGUGAGGGCCCGGAAGUGCUUUCCCCAUGUCGUGAGAGGGUAUAUAUGAGGAAAGUGCGACCAUCUAGACGGAAAUCAUCAACAUCAGCCUGUCCAGGUGGCGACUUUGACUUCCAUGGUUGCUACUACCUUCUAUAUUCAGAUACCGCACACACACCAUGGCUUCCCACGUUACCGGCGACGAAACUCCGCUCGUCCCCGUUGUCGUUGACGACAUCCCGCUCGUGACCGUCGUCACCAAUGGAGUCCCAGUGGGCACGAUAGUCGCCUACGCUGCAGAGCCUGAGCAUCUGCCUGCUGGCUGGUUUGUCUGCGAUCACAGAAAGCUCGAAGCUGCGAAAUAUCCGGAGCUUCGGGAAGCACUUGGACUGCCCGCGGGAGGAAUAGGUGGAGAGAUCCAACUCCCCGACCUAAGAGGGCAAUUCCUUCGAAGCUGCGAUUUCAACCUCACGCCGGGCGAGACGUUUAGCUGGAAGACGGGCGAGCCGAGGAUCCCCAUCCAGCUCACGUUGGACAGGAUGGGCGACCACAUGAACAAAACCCUCAAAAUGGGGACUACGAAAGUAAUCGAGUGGCAUAGUGGGCCCAGGCGCUUCGACGUCAGCGGAGGAGAUGCGGAGACGCGGCCCGUCAACGUUGCUCUGUACUGGGUGAUCAAGGCUACGUCGAAAGAAGGCGCGGAUGGCGUCCCGAUCGGCGCAGUGAUUCCCUUCGCUGGAGAUGACAAGAAGAUCCCCGCUCCAGCAUACUUCCCAUGGUGGAUCCGAUGUGACUGCGCGAAAGUCGAGUCGGAUCAACUCGGGCACAUCCUCCCCGUCGUGAAGGACAAGUUCAAGCUAGCCUCCUCUCCUAGCUCGUCGAAGGUCUUCUGGCCUCCAGAUUUGAGGGGAAAGUUCAUCCGUGGCGUCGACUGGGAAUCCGUACACGACCCGGACGGAAAAUCGCGCCAACCCGCUCCGAACGGAGACACGGCGGGCCUGGGGACCUGGCAAGGCUGCAGCACCGCGUUCAAGGAUCGCAAGCCAUGCGUUGACGUUGAGCACUUUUCAAAAUGGUACCAUAAGACCAGCAAUGCAGCAGGUAACCACAAUUUCCGCGACGACAAGUACACCGAUCACCAGGUGUGGAGCGGCGGCGACAAGGAGACGCGCCCCAAGAACGCGGCAAUGCAUUUCUACAUCAACACGCUGCCCCACGAUAGCCAGCCGGAUUUCCCAGUCGGCGGUGUCAUUGCUAGAAUAGGGGAGCUGAAAGAUGAGCGAUGGCUGCCCUGUGACGGCGACCCUCGACCAAUCAGGACGGAAUCCGGCGAAGACCCUUUGUAUAAAGCCAUCGGCAAGAUCUGGAACUGGAGCACAGAGAUAGAGGACCUAUUCUCGGUGCCGAACCUGUUCGGUCGAUUCAUCCGUGGAGCCGAUCUGGUUGGUGCUCCUAAUGGGGACCCGGAUCGUGACAAUCGCACAGAAUAUUACGGGUGGGAGAAGAGGGUCGGAGCAGGCUCGUUCCAGGACUGGGCUACCGCGAUGCCGGUGUCGAAGCCACUCUCUAUCAGCAUUUCGUAUCCUACCGACGAGUACCAAAACGCAAAGACGAGUGGCGGAGCGACCGAUGAGAGCACUAGAGCGAGCGGUGCGAAAUCGUUUCCUUUGAAAUUCGAGACCCCGGAUAACGAGACCGCUCCGACGUGUAUGGCGGUUCGUUUCUACGUCUGUGCUACGGGAUAUGACGGCACGGGCUGAGUUUUGCGUUUCCUUGAAGUCUCCUAUCGCUCGUAUCUCGUCAGUUUCUCGUUUAUCCAGCUCUCUUUCUCUCGGUGCAUUGCUCGAUUUGGUUCCUAUCUUUCUAUCUCCUUUUGCCUGUAGAUCGCUUGCAAUUUCUAUCACCUGUCUUCCCAUUUCCCCUGAAGUGCCUUGUCUGGAGAAAUCCAUGGCCGGGGCGACUCCUGAAUUAGCCUGCACAUGGAUCAGCAUCUCUGCACUUUUUAGAGCCAAUCCCCAUGCCUCCACGCUGCCUCUGAUUCACAACAUCUGCUCCAUGAAGCAAUGAGAGAGAAAAUCUGACUGUGGAGGCGGGUCGGAGCAUGAAUCGACUAUGCGGAACAGACUAUCACUACUCGGGCGCGUAAAUACAAACGGCGAAAGG